CAGGUGGUGCGGUCUUCCUGGAGCAGGAAGUGGGAAAUCUGCGGCCAAAGAGGGAACACAAGAAAACCUGUUACAAAUAAUCAUCACCAUUAUAAAACCAUUAUACGUGUUAUUUACUGGCGGAUACGUGCAUCAAGAAGUCAUUAUAUAUUAUACACGAUGUGGAAGGCAGCCGCUGGUCAGUCUGUUUCUGUUGCAGCAGAUGAUGGAGGAGAUGACUGGGAGACCGACCCUGACUUUGAGAAUGAUGUUUCAGAGAAGGAGCAGCGAUGGGGUGCCAAGACGGUGGUUGGCUCUGGCCAUCAGGAACACAUAAAUAUUCAUCAGUUACGUGAGAGAGUUUCAUCUGAACACAGUGACAUAAAGCAGAAGGAGUUGGAGAACAUGCCCAAAGCAUCUCAUGGUUAUGGUGGAAAAUUUGGAUUGCAACAAGAUCGCAUGGAUAAGUCUGCUGUGGGCCACGAGUAUCAGAGCAAGUUAUCCAAACAUUGCUCUCAGACCGACACCUGCAAAGGUUUUGGUGGUAAAUUCGGAGUGCAAGCUGACCGUGUUGACCAGUCUGCCGUAGGCUUCGAGUAUGCCGGAAAAACUGAGAAACAUGCCUCGCAGAAAGACUAUGCCACUGGGUUUGGGGGUCGUUAUGGCGUGCAGGCAGAUCGCGUGGAUCAGAGUGCUGUUGGCUUUGAUUACCAGGGUAAAACUGAAAAACAUGAGUCUCAGAAAGAUUACGCCAAAGGCUUUGGUGGCAAGUUUGGAGUGGAAACCGAUAAAGUGGACAAGAGUGCUGUGGGCUUUGAGUAUCAGGGCAAGACUGAGAAACACGAGUCUCAGAAAGACUAUGCACGGGGUUUUGGUGGAAAAUAUGGUGUUCUGACGGAUCGUCAGGACAAAUCUGCAGUGGGGUGGGAUCACCAGGAGAAACUGCAGUUACAUGAGUCUCAGAAAGAUUACUCUAAGGGAUUCGGGGGGAAAUAUGGUGUGCAGAAGGACCGAAUGGACAAGAGCGCAGGCACAUUUGAGGAGGUGGAAAAGCCCAGUGUGGUCUAUCAGAAGACUCGGCCUGUUGAAGCAGCUGGCAGCAGCACCAGCAGUAUUAAAGCCCGUUUUGAGAACAUUGCCAAGCAGAAAGAAGAAGAGGAUAAGAAGCGAGCUGAGGAGGAGAGAGCUAAACGACAGGCUAAAGAGAAGGAGGAGCAGAAGGAGGCGCUCAAGAAGCAGAAGGAGCAACCUGCCAGUGUGGCCGUGGAAAAUGGCGCCAACGUGUAUGAGCUGGAACCGACCUCAGCAGAACCUACAUAUGAAGAAGCUCCUGAGGAAGGCCUGUACCAGAACCCUGAGCAGGACAACCAGUACCAGACGUCGGGAGAGUAUGGAGAGGAUCUUGGUGUGACUGCCGUGGCUCUGUAUGACUAUCAGGCUGCGGGGGACGAUGAGAUUUCCUUUGAUCCUGAUGACAUCAUCACCAACAUUGAGAUGAUCGAUGAUGGCUGGUGGCGGGGGGUGUGUCGUGGAGCGUACGGACUCUUCCCGGCCAAUUACGUUGAAGUUCGACAAUAGACUCGCUCAAUGCGCUCUAUCGCACGCUCUGCUGAGGCGUUACCGAAGGAUAUUGGUGUUUUCCCAUCGGCUCUGCUUCUUUUCUCUUUUUCAUCUCUCUCUGUUUUCAUUCCACUCUGUAGCUAAACUCUCACAUCCUGUUUCAUGUACAAACCUAACACAUGACACGAAAUAGAGUUUAGCUGACCAAAGAUCAGAGGAAGGAAUAAUAUAUCUGUGUUGGGAAAAUAAGAAAAAGGAUUUCUUCAAUUAUGUUUGUUUAAAACAUGCAAUUCAUUUAAGUGCCGAAAUUAUUUCCUACUAGAACGCAGCAUCUUUUCUCCGCUCCGGCAUGUGUACAGAAUGAGUAGCAGGUUUAAAAACUCUAGUAAACAUCUUUUGUUUUAUCAUCUGUAUUAAGAUUCAAUGAAUGCCAAUGUCCUAUUAUGUAAGUGUCUGACAUGCUUCUGAUUCAGUCUGGAGUCACAUCUUAUGUGGAUGUGAUAAUCAUGAUAGAGGUUUGUAAUGUUUUGGUGAGACAUCAAUGAUCUGGUGACUAAUGACAAUCCAGUUCAGGUGCAGUCAAUAAUAAAACAUAAAUAUAAUAUUUGCUUAGCAUCAACUUGCAUACAUUUUCAUAUAUUGUCUGUGCUAAUCUGCUCUGGCUCUCUUUCCAUGAUUGUUUUAUAAGAAAUGUCAUUUUAAGAAUAAAAAUUGCAUUUUCCACAAUUCAUAA